AAACCAACAGCGGCUUCUUCUGACACAUACACACGCACACUCACCCCGAACACACACUCAGCACACUUUUCCUCCAUUUGAUUAACAGUGCUGCACACACAAUGAUUACGGGAAAGCGUAAAUAAACACGGAAAAGGGUGCUUAUUCUGACUACUGGAGGAGCUUUGCUGGGUCUCAGCGCAACUUUUGUUUUUUAUUCCUGAGAAGGUGAUCUCUCCAUGCGCUUCUCUCCCACAAGGAUUCUUUAAAAGAGGAAGAGAGACAAGGAGGUGGGGGGGAGAACAAUCUUUCACUUUAAGACCGGCUGGGCUCAAAGAUUAAAGGAAGGGAAAAGCAGCGGGAGCAGCAGCAGGGAAAUCAACGCGGCAGCACUUCUGAAAGGCAUUUUUGAUCCAUUUCUGAGCGCUGCGGCCCAUUUCUCCACCGAAGUUGGCUCCAGCUCUAGCAGCCGCAUUGGAUCCCACAGCUUACUGCGAGACUCCGGUGUACAAUCCGGAUCUCUGCCCCAACAUGAUCGCGGCCCAGGCCAAGCUGGUCUACCAUCUGAAUAAAUACUACAACGAAAAAUGCCAAGCCAGGAAAGCUGCCAUUGCCAAAACUAUCCGGGAAGUCUGCAAAGUAGUUUCCGACGUACUGAAGGAAGUGGAAGUGCAGGAGCCGCGUUUCAUCAGCUCUCUCAACGAGAUGGACAAUCGCUAUGAGGGCCUCGAGGUCAUCUCCCCCACCGAAUUUGAAGUGGUGCUUUAUCUCAACCAAAUGGGGGUGUUCAACUUCGUGGACGAUGGCUCGCUGCCCGGCUGCGCGGUGCUGAAGUUGAGCGACGGGCGCAAGAGGAGCAUGUCCCUCUGGGUGGAAUUCAUUACCGCCUCCGGCUACCUCUCGGCGCGCAAAAUCCGGUCCAGGUUUCAGACGCUGGUGGCUCAAGCAGUAGACAAAUGUAGCUACAGGGAUGUGGUAAAGAUGGUGGCAGACACCAGCGAAGUGAAACUGAGAAUCCGAGAUAGGUACGUGGUGCAGAUCACGCCGGCCUUUAAAUGCACCGGGAUCUGGCCGAGGAGUGCUGCCCACUGGCCACUUCCCCACAUACCCUGGCCGGGACCCAACCGGGUGGCGGAGGUCAAGGCGGAAGGUUUCAAUCUCUUGUCCAAGGAGUGCCACUCCCUGGCCGGCAAGCAGAGCUCGGCGGAGAGCGACGCCUGGGUGCUGCAGUUCGCGGAGGCAGAGAACAGACUGCAGAUGGGGGGCUGCAGAAAGAAGUGCCUCUCCAUCCUCAAAACCUUAAGGGAUCGUCACCUUGAACUGCCGGGCCAGCCCUUGAACAAUUACCACAUGAAGACUCUGGUUUCCUACGAGUGUGAAAAGCAUCCCCGGGAGUCGGACUGGGACGAGUCCUGCUUGGGUGAUCGGCUGAACGGGAUUUUGCUGCAACUAAUCUCCUGCCUGCAGUGCCGGCGGUGUCCCCACUACUUUCUACCAAACUUAGAUCUGUUUCAAGGCAAACCUCACUCAGCUCUGGAAAACGCUGCCAAACAAACGUGGCGACUGGCAAGAGAGAUCCUGACCAACCCGAAAAGUUUGGAAAAACUUUAGAGGAUGGUUUAAUCAAGAGCCGAAAUGAUUACUCUUCUCAAAGUCCUCAUUAAGUGUAAAAUUUCCUGUUCAAUUUCUAAUACUCCACUCCACACUGCAAACAAUCUCUUCCUUUAAAAAGGAAUAAUAAUACAAUAUUUAGACAUCAUCUCACCCACCCUCCAAGGGGAGAAAAAGUAGGGGAAGCGGAUGGAGAAAAACCCAAUGCCACGAGUACUAGAAGACUUCUUUCCACACGAUUUCCUAUCUCCCUUGAAAAGUUCACCAUAACACUCGGUAAACAGCCCAGCUGUAAUGCAAGAUCACUGCGAACACUCUGCCUAACUAUCAAAGGAUUAUAGCAAUCCUGGUGAUUUAGGUGCAUCUGUCUGUGAGUAAACACGAUUUGGAUAUGCCAUCUGAAGGAAAGUGUAAUGUAUAUUUUGAUUUGUAACAAAUAUUGUGAUCUCACAUUGUCUUUGAAAGUGUGGAUGUUGGUGUUUUGUGAUUUGGUGAACAGAACUUAAAUUGCCAUUCUGGAUACUUCCAGACAUUUUCCACUAACAAAGAUAUCAUUUAAAGGUAGAUUUCCUCCUGGUAAUUUUAUCUGUCUUUGAAAGUGUCUGAACUUUAAAAAGUUUACAUUUUGUUUCAAAUAUUGCUUGUUCUAACAUUCCAUAAAUAUACUUGAAAUGUUAUUUAAAUAUAUUCAAAGAAAUUUGAAUUCAGCUUAUAUAAUAACGCUUGAAUAUCUGAAUUAUAUAUUUGAAAAAUGCACUUGAAAUACACUGGAUAAUUUUGUGAUUUAGAUUUUAAUUUGUUGCUGGUUUUUAUUUAAUUAGAUGCUAAUAAAUGAAGCAAAAUAAAAGUUGUUGUGUCUCACUUUAAA